AUGCAGGAAGGACCUUUCAAGAAGAAGCUGAAGCCAGCAGAUGAAGAGGGUAGAAACAUCCAUGCUUUUAAAAAUUUUGAACAAUUUUUUUUCCGCCUUAAUACCCUUUACACCUUUUUGAUUUGCAGAAAGCAUGUUGUACCUACCUUUAAAACACUUUGCGGACCCAUAGAAACUGCUUUGAAAAGAACUGUUACGAAAGAGGAUCUAGCCAGAGUUAUGGCACUGAUGCCAAGAGAAUGUAUUUUUAAGUAUAUUGAUGAGAACCAAAUUUAUACUGAGACUAAAAUUUUUGACUUCAAUAAUGGCGGUUUUCAACAGAAGGAAAAUGACAUAUUUGAACUGAAGAACAUCGACGAUCAAAAUCAGGCCCAAAAUUCUACCCAGUUACUUAUAUUUGAAUUUAUAGACGGCACAAUGCAACGUUCAUGGUCUGCAAGUGAUAAAUUUUCUCAAAUAAAGAUACCCACUUACACAACAGAAGAAAUGAAAAAAAUGAUUUCUAAGAGAGAAGUUCUCUUUAAAUCCAGACUACGGGAAUUUAUCCUCGAAAAGGAAAACGCUGGUCUUGACGCAUUUUUUGAGUUAACAAAAGUAGCGCAGAAUUAUAUUCCAAAGGAGAGAGAUUAUGAGGAUCCAAUUGAGGCCAUGAUGAAGGCCAAGCAAGAGAGUAAUGAGAUGAGUGUUCCCGAUGACGCCGAUAGUUCAGUGAUAGCAACAGUCCCUGAAAUGAUUGACAAGUUGAAAAGUACUGAAUUCUACGCUUCUCAGAUAAAGCAUUGUUUUACUAUACCAUCAAGAACCGCGAAGUACAAAGAUCUCUGUUUUGAACUUGCGCCAGAAGUAUACCAGGGUAUAGAACACAAUCGUUUCUACAGUCAUCAGGCAGAUGCGAUAAAUGCUCUUCACCAGGGCAAAGAUGUCAUUAUUACAACAUCGACUUCUUCAGGUAAAUCUCUUAUUUACCAACUAGCAGCUAUCGAUCUUCUCUUGAAGGAUUCCGAAUCAACAUUUAUGUAUAUCUUUCCAACAAAGGCCCUGGCUCAAGAUCAAAAAAGAGCAUUCAAGGUAAUACUUUCAAAAAUCCCCGAGCUAAAGAACGCUGUGGUCGAUACGUACGAUGGGGAUACACAGCCAGAGGAAAGGUCUUAUAUUCGAAAAAAUGCUAGAGUUAUUUUUACCAAUCCUGACAUGAUACAUACUAGUAUUUUGCCUAAUCAUGCGAAUUGGAGACACUUUUUGUAUCAUCUCAAAUUAGUGGUAGUCGAUGAAUUACAUAUAUAUAAGGGUUUGUUUGGGUCGCAUGUCGCAUUAGUAAUGAGACGUUUACUGAGGCUGUGCCAUUGUUUUUACGAAAAUAGUAGUUUACAAUUUAUUUCAUGUUCAGCUACUUUAAAGUCUCCCGUACAGCAUAUGAAGGAUAUGUUUGGUAUCGAUGAGGUUACUUUGAUACAUGAGGAUGGUUCACCUACAGGUGCUAAGCAUUUGGUGGUGUGGAAUCCUCCAACUUUAUCUCAACACGAACGUAAACGAGAGAAUUUUAUUAGAGAAAGUGCGAAGAUAUUGGUACAAUUCAUACUAAACAACGUGAGAACCAUAGCAUUUUGUUACGUUCGUCGUGUUUGUGAAUUACUAAUGAAAGAAGUGCGCAAUAUUUUCAUUGAAACUGGCCGUGAGGACCUCGUUACAGAAGUCAUGUCUUACAGGGGUGGUUACUCUGCUUCCGAUAGACGUAAAAUAGAACGUGAGAUGUUCCACGGGAAUUUGAAGGCUGUCAUAUCUACCAACGCUCUAGAACUUGGUAUUGAUAUUGGUGGGCUAGACGCAGUCCUAAUGUGUGGUUUCCCACUAUCUAUGGCCAAUUUUCAUCAACAAAGCGGUAGAGCAGGUAGAAGAAAUAAUGAUUCGUUGACCCUUGUAGUUGCAAGUGACUCGCCCGUUGAUCAACAUUACGUUGCUCACCCAGAAUCUUUACUAGAAGUUAAUAAUUUCGAAUCUUAUCAAGAUUUGGUUCUAGAUUUCGAUAACAUCUUGAUAUUGGAAGGGCAUAUACAAUGCGCUGCUUUCGAACUACCCAUAAAUUUUGAGCGUGAUAAGCAAUAUUUUGCUGAAUCUCAUCUUCGCAGAAUCUGUGUUGAACGCUUACACCACAAUCAGGAUGGGUACCAUGCCAGUAAUAGAUUUUUGCCAUGGCCGUCCAAAUGCGUAUCUUUGAGAGGUGGUGAAGAGGACCAAUUUGCUGUAGUGGAUAUAACAAAUGGACGAAAUAUAAUAAUUGAAGAAAUAGAAGCAUCCAGAACUAGUUUUACCCUAUAUGAUGGCGGUAUAUUCAUCCAUCAAGGUUAUCCAUACCUUGUGAAAGAGUUUAAUCCUGAUGAAAGAUAUGCUAAAGUGCAAAGAGUAGAUGUUGACUGGGUGACCAACCAAAGAGAUUUUACGGACGUGGAUCCACAAGAAAUUGAACUUAUACGCUCUUUAAGGAGAAGUGAUGUUCCUGUGUAUUUUGGUAAGAUCAAGACUACAAUUAUUGUAUUUGGCUUUUUUAAAAUAGACAAGUACAAGAGAAUUAUCGAUGCCAUUGAAACUCAUAACCCUCCUGUAAUAAUUAAUUCUAAAGGAUUUUGGAUAGAUAUGCCAAAAUGUGCCUUAGAAAUUUGCCAAAAAAAGCAAUUAAAUGUGGCAGGUGCUAUUCAUGGGGCGCAGCAUGCAGUUAUGGGUAUGCUACCGCGAUUUAUAGUGGCAGGUGUGGAUGAAAUACAAACCGAAUGCAAAGCUCCGGAAAAGGAAUUUGCUGAACGUCAAACUAAGCGGAAGCGACCUGCUAGAUUAAUAUUCUAUGAUUCGAAGGGUGGUAAGUACGGGUCAGGCUUGUGUGUUAAAGCGUUCGAGCAUAUUGAUGAUAUAAUAGAGUCUAGUUUAAGAAGAAUAGAAGAAUGCCCAUGUAGCGAUGGAUGUCCUGACUGUGUGGCGGCUUCUUUUUGUAAGGAGAACAGCCUGGUCUUAUCAAAGCCUGGCGCCCAAGUUGUUUUGCACUGUAUCAUAGGUCACUCUGAAGACACUUUUAUAGAUUCCAUCAAAGAUGGUCCGGAGCCAAAUAUGCCAGAGAUAAAAGUAGAGACUGUCAUUCCCGUGUCAGAGCAUGUCAACUUUUCAGAGGACUUUAAGAUUAUCGACGUUAGAAGAGCUACGAAAGAUAUUUCUCAUGCCAAUGGUAUCAUUAAAAAAGAGGAAUGA